UAUAUCCAACAUCUUAUGGUCAUUAUUCAUAGAAACAAUGUUCAUCCUUGCCCAAAAUUUUUCCUUAUGGCUGUCAUGUUUAAUUUUUAUAUAUACAAUCCAUAUUACCACCACCUUAGCUCAAGACGAUUUCGUUUACUUCUACUGCGAAAACACGGCUAUCUAUACGCUAAACAGUACGUAUCAAAGAAAUCUAGACGCCACACUCUCUGCACUUCCCACCACCAACAACGGCUUCGGUUUCUACAACCUCUCCACCGGCCAAGCCAAUGAUGCAGCCAACUCGAUCGCCCUAUGUCAAGGCGACCUUGACCAGGAUGUGUGUCGCAGUUGUCUUAACGACUCUAUUGUUAAACUGCGACAACUCUGCCCUAACCAAAAAGAAGCAAUAGGUUUCUACUGGUCAUGUAUGUUGAAAUACUCCAAUGAGAAAAUAUUGGGAGGCUUAGGAAAAACGUUUUAUGUGCAUAGGGAGAAUCCCCAAAAUGCAACCGAUAUUGAUCGGUUCAAUGGUGCUUUGGGACCACUAAUGAAGAAGUUGAGAGAUGAUGCGGCUGCUGGCGGCCCCUUAAGGAAGUUUGCUACGGGCAACAUGAUUGUUUCAAACUCCACGACGAUCUAUGGGCUUGUGCAGUGUACUCCAGACUUAUCGGAUCAGUUGUGUAACGAUUGCUUAGAUGGUGCAAUCAAUCAAAUUUCAGUUUCGUUUAACGGGAGAGUUGGAGGAAGAGUUUAUGCACCUAUGUGUAAUAUUAGAUAUGAGACAUAUUCUUUUACUUCAGCGAAUGAUCAGGUUUUCCCAACACCGCCGUCACCAUCAUCAUCUCCGCCAGCGCCACCACCAGCAGCGCUAUCUCCGCCUAUCCCACAACCUUCACCAACAUCAGGCAAAAAGAAUAACACGACAAGAACUGUGAUAAUCAUAACUAUUAUUGUGAUAGUCACCGUCGUUAUGAUGAUUGCUUCACUCUGCAUGAUUCUGAAAUUCAGGAAGAAGAAGAAACAGCAAAUGAGGCAUCCAUCAGCACCUCAAAUAGGAAAACAGACAAUGGAUAUUGGCACAUUGGAAUCUUUGCAAUACGACUUUAGUAUAGUGAAAGGAGCAACAAAUGACUUUUCCGAAGAAAAUAAGCUUGGUCGUGGUGGGUUUGGAACCGUUUACAAGGGUACUCUAGGAGAUGGGCAACAAAUUGCAGUAAAGAGGCUAGCAAGGGAUUCCGGACAAGGUGACUUAGAAUUCAAGAAUGAGGUUCUGCUAGUGGCAAAACUUCAACAUCGUAAUUUAGUUCGGCUGUUAGGUUUCAGUAUAGAAGGAAGUGAACGACUUCUCAUUUAUGAGUUCAUGCCAAAUGCAAGUCUAGAUCAAUUUUUAUUCGAUCGAUCUAAACGAAUACUUCUUGAUUGGGAAAAACGAUACAGUAUCAUUAUAGGAAUUGCAAAAGGACUAUUAUACCUUCAUGAAGAUUCUCAUCUAAGGAUAAUUCAUCGUGAUAUGAAGGCAGGUAAUGUUUUGUUAGAUGCACAAAUGACACCAAAAAUUGCUGAUUUUGGUAUGGCAAGAUUGUUUAAAACUGAGGAGACUCGAGGAGACACAAGGCGAAUCGUUGGAACCUACGGUUAUAUGGCGCCAGAAUAUGUACUGCAUGGUCAAUUCUCAGUAAAGUCAGAUGUUUUUAGUUACGGGGUAUUGGUACUAGAGAUGGUAACAGGUCAAAAAAAUCAAUGUUUUCGGAAUGGGGAGAGCUUAGAAUUUCUUCUUAGUUUUGCAUGGAAAAGCUGGCAGAAUGGUACAACUUCAGAUAUAAUAGAUCCCACAUUGAAGAUGGGAUCAAGUUCAUUGCGUGACAUCAUAAGAAGCGUCCACAUUGGCCUCUUAUGUGUUCAAGAAAAUGUUAUUGAUAGGCCAACCAUGGCUUCGGUUGUUCUUAUGCUUAAUAGUAUCUCUAUGGCGCUUCCGGUACCAGCACAACCUGCAUUUUUUAUGGGUAGUACCAUUGAUCCAGAAAUGCCAGCCUUACAAGAGCAAAGCUGUAAUGAAGUUUCAACAUCUGAUUUUUUUCCUAGAUAAGCAUCUAUAAGACAGAUGAUAUGCUACACAUAUAUUUUUAGUUUGUUUGAAGAAACACUAUAUAAUUUUAGAUUUGGAUUUUAUUAUCUAUCAUAAAUGAGAGUCCCAACACGCAUUGUUGUUA